GUUACUCUUGAAGAAACCGAUGUUCCGAUAUCGUCCCUUCAGAUCCCUGUUGGACAUCCUUUGCCAACCGAAUCGGCGAAUCCUGACUCUGGAAAUCUUAAUGCCCUCGGUGUCAAUUUGCAGACAACAACAAUUCAGCCUUUGUCACAGCAACCUGUGUCUAUAAAUCCUGCACCUGUACGUCGCCGUCGCUUGGUUGUUUCUUCUGAUGAAGACGAACCUGUUGUCCCUUUGGAACUGCAAGACUUGGA